AUUUCAUAUUUCAUGUGUCUUUCUGUGCCAACACCGGGGGUUUCCAACACAUUUGACUGUGACCUGCUGCUGCUGCUAUCCUGCUGACUUGGAAUGUGAAAUGUGGAGUGUGAUAGGCUGGCGGAGAGGGGAACUGCAGCAGAGUAGCACCGCUGUCAGGAAACACACAAGCUCACUACGAAUGCAACUCGCAUAACCAGCCUGAACGAGGACGAUUUACCUGCGUGAUUUACCAUGACGACUGAAACAGGCUCAGACUCGGAGGCCAGGCAGAACAAGGAGACGGAGAAGGGGAAACCUAAGGCAGCCGAACCGACGUCGCCUCAGAACCAGACAGAGCAGCUUCCUGCCGCUGCCGGACACAGCACCCCGGCCAGGAAAGAACAGGAGCAGCAGGAGGAGGACCAGGCAUCCCACAGGUCAUCCACGAGUCGUCUGUCCAGGUCUCCUUUAAGAGGAGUGAAGAAAGUGAAGAUCAUGCAGUGUAAAGUCACCCUGCUGGACGGCUCCGACUUCACGCUCAAUGUGGAGAAACGAGCCAGAGGCCAAGUGCUUCUGGACAAAAUUUGUGAGCACCUCAAUCUGCUGGAGAGGGACUACUUUGGCAUCACACACAGAGAUGUAGAGAACCAGAAGAAUUGGCUCGACCCGUCCAAGGAGCUGAAGAAGCAGAUAAGGACUGGUCCCUGGAACUUUGCCUUCAAUGUCAAGUUUUAUCCUCCAGACCCCUCCCAGCUCUCCGAGGAUAUCACAAGGUACUACCUGUGUCUGCAGCUGAGAGACGAUGUGGUCUCAGGCCGUCUGCCCUGCUCCUUUGCCACCCACACGGUGCUGGGCUCCUACACAGCGCAGUCUGAACUGGGAGACUACGACCCCGAGGAACUGGGCAGCGACUACAUCAGUGAACUGCGCUUUGCACCAAACCAGACCAAAGAGCUCGAAGAGAAGGUCAUGGAACUCCACAAGACCUACAAGGGGAUGACACCAGCCGAAGCAGAGAUGCACUUCCUGGAAAAUGCUAAGAAACUGUCCAUGUACGGCGUGGACCUCCAUCACGCCAAGGACUCCGAGGGUGUGGAGAUAAUGUUGGGGGUUUGUGCGAGUGGCCUGCUCAUCUACAGAGACAGGUUGCGGAUCAACAGGUUUGCUUGGCCCAAAAUCCUCAAGAUCUCCUACAAGAGGAAUAACUUCUACAUCAAAAUCCGACCGGGCGAGUUUGAGCAGUUUGAAAGUACAAUUGGGUUCAAGCUUCCGAAUCAUCGCGCCGCCAAAAGGCUCUGGAAGGUCUGUGUCGAGCACCACACCUUCUUCAGGCUUGUGUCCCCCGAGGCUCCCCCAAAGAAGUUCCUGAGUCUCGGCUCGAAGUUUCGAUACAGCGGCAGAACGCAGGCUCAGACCCGCAGGGCCAGCUCUCAGAUCAUCAGACCGGCUCCGCUCUUUGAACGCACCUCCAGCAAACGCUACAACAUGUCCCGCAGCUUAGAUGGAGCACCAAUCAUGGAGAACCAUGAGACCCUCAUGAAGGACAGCACCGCUGACGGAACAGCCAAAGUCAUCACCAAAGGAGACAUCAUCACCACGGUAACGACAGAGAAGGCAGAGGAAGAGAAGGCGGAGCGGGAGGAUGCUCAGACGGAUGCUGCAGAGACGCCAGAACCAGCUGUCUCAACACCGCUCAGACAUGACACAAAGUGCUCCUCUCGUGUGUACACAACUGACCCCCUCCGCUCCGAGCUCUCACUCCCCUCAUCUCCUGUCACGUCCACCAAAGUACGGCGGAGGCGCAGGGAGAGCACGCGUAAACGGGCCUCGUCGGUCAGUCCGGCCAAGAACGGUGACGGUUGCCGCCGGCGGCAAGCCCUCGCCGACCGCAAGGCAGCCCUGCUGGACGAGCAGGCGUUGCUGCUCUUGGCGCGCAAGCAGAGGCUGGAGCAGGGCAAGAGGCGCGGCGGCACGCUCUUCUCCUUCUCCCUGCACCUGCCUGACCUGUCCUCCUUCCUGGACGACGACGGCUACAUCACCUUCCCUGAUCUGUCAGAGAUGCGCUUCCUUCCUGAGUGCGCGCACAACUUCCUGCCCAUAAAGUCACCCUCGCUCAUCCCGUGCUUCCUCUUCAUCUUUUUCUUCCUGCUCUCCACCUCCUUCUCCGUCCCAUAUGCUCUCACGCUCACCUUCCCCCUGGCGCUGUGUCUCUGCUACCUGGAGCCCAAGGCAGCCUCCCUGACCGCCUCCUUAGCCCAUGGCUACACUGACCAUGACAGUUCAGAGGAAGAGGAGACUGACAGCGAGCAAACUGACUUUGCCUUUGAUGGAGAGAUGACGGAGUCGGAAGCGGACGAGGACUCUGAGAUGCCGACUCAGUAUAGUUUCAUAAGACGAGUAAAAGGGGAAAACGUUUUUAUCAAGCAUAGUAAUCUGAUGCUCGAGGACAACUCGCCCCCGGAAGAGAUGGUCAAGCACCAGACAAACAUCAGCGAACUGAAGCGCUCCUUCCUGGAGACGGGUAGCAGCGCUCCGGGCCUGACGGAGUGGGAGAAGAGACUCACCUCGUCCCCCGUGCGCUCACCCAGACUGGACGAAGCACCGAUGAUAGAACCGCUGGACACUGAAGGGGAGCAGGCGGCAGGACAAGAGCCAAAGGAGGAGGGGGAAACUAAAGUCACUGAGGCGGCAGGAUAUCUGGUGAAAUACAUGCUGGAAAGUCUGGUAACAGAUUUGGGCACCUCCUCUGGGCCACACGGGAUUAGUCUGUCAACCACUAUGGACGACGACGUCUUCAUGGACGGGACCCUCAGGGAGGUGGAGGAGAAGACCCCCGACUCCCAGGAGGAGGUGUCAGAGAAGUCGACGGGGAAGGUCAGCCCGGGAGCUGUCAGACAGGAAGUGUCCCAGGCCAUCAGUGACAAGAAAGGAACACUGAUUAUUUUGAAGGAGGCGGAGGAGAGAGACGGCGCAGAGGGCAUGGAGACGAGUGCUGAGGGUGAAAAGGAGGAGCCUGUACUCCAAGAAGAGGUCAACAUUGAAGAGAACGGGACUUCCAAAGAGGAAGAAGACACUUCUGAUGCUAAAGAAGCCACAGCAGUUAAAACAUCGAAUCUAAAGAUUGAGAUAAAAACUGAUGACGUGACUCAGAUUAAAGGUAUCGACUCGCCUAAAAAGGCCAUGGCGUCGUGGAUUUCCGAGGAGGUGAAGACGGAGACCUCGAAGAUCAUCAGUGCUACAGCAGAGGAACUCAAAGAGAUGAAGACGUCGCUGCAGAAGCCAGAAAUGUUCACUUUCCAGGAGGUCCAGAUGGAGCAGUCAAUGACCAGCCUGAAUCAUGUCACAGUCUCUGAGUCUUCAACUACAUCUUUAGCAGUGUCCACACUGGGAUGGGUUUCCUCUUCUCAAAAGACUUCACCUGAACCAGAGGAGGAAGUGGUGGUUGCCAAGGAGACAGAGGCAGCGCCAGCAGAUUCCACAGGACCAACGAGUCUUGAUGCAGACGACGCGGCUACCAAAGAGAUGCCUGUGGUCCACACGGAGACCAAAACGAUCACCUAUGAGUCUGCAGAGGUUGACACUAAUGGUGACGUAGACCCCGGGGUGUUGCUGAGUGCUCAGACCAUCACCUCAGAGACCACCAGCACCACCACCACCACACACAUCACGAAGACGGUGAAAGGAGGAAUAUCAGAGACGAGAAUUGAGAAGAGGAUUGUCAUCACAGGGGACGCAGACAUCGACCAUGACGAGGCACUGGCUCAGGCCAUAAAGGAGGCUAAAGAACAGCAUCCUGACAUGUCAGUGACCAAAGUAGUGGUACAUAAAGAGACAGAGAUCACGCCAGAGGAGGGGGAGGACUGACCCAGGAGUAACACUUGAGGGCUGUUUUCUCUUCAACCUCCCAAAAUCCAACAUCCAGAACCCCACAUAUAAACUCCGGGACUCUCUCAGAAGACUAGACGGACUCCUACUCUCCAAAAUGCCGCAGCUCACUGCUAGCCGCAUCCAUCACCUGCAUAAUAAAUCAAUGCAUUUUGCAUGAGAAGGACGCGAUGUUGCAUUACGAAACAAAAACGGCAAAAUUAUACUGAAAAAAACGUACGAUUUUAAUAAUGGUUCUCGACCCAUCUGCACGCCGAAUCCCUGAGUGUGCAGCGAGCAAACCCUGUGCUUUCACUGCCUUAUGACUUUGAUGCAUUUUUAUGAUUAUGGAGAAUAAUUAUUGUAGCAAACGUUUUAUUUAUGAAAUAAAGCCAUCACUCCAGAAACUUAAAACCGCUGUAGGCUGUAUAUGUUAGGGAGCGUUCUCUAUUUAACCUUGCUGUAGAAGUGCCAACCUUAUUUGCCAGCAAGCAUCGCAUCGCCUCACUCACUCCAACAAACCCGAUGAUUUAUUUUGUCAGGUAUGCCACUAGAGAAAUCACUACGACCCAGAACUGUACAUAUCCAAGCUUUCCUAGGAGAAUAGCAAAUUAUCUUUCACAGUUGAUUUUUGUCGCCUCUACUUGAAAUGCAUUUCCCUUUUUAUGAUCAUUUCAGUAUUUUAUUGUCUGUCAUCAAUCUAUUCCACCACAUUAAGUUUCAAAGAAGGUCUGUUCAGGCAAAAAGAAAAGGCCAAGGAUUCAGAUUUUUAAGUGCCUGUGCAGGCUGUGAAUGUGUUCCAGGGUGGAUCAGCAGCAGCACAGGCCCUGCGUUCAUGUGACUGUGAGGAAGAGGGUUCAGACUGCAGAGCUCUGCCCAAAUUAGAUGCAAAGCCAAGAGAGAUCUGUCAAGCCUCACGCCCUCCCAUUAACCCACCCAGAACAUCCCACCUGUACGGCCUCCCUCAUCUGUCCGACUGUAUCAGAAUAACUCUGUGUUGUUCCCGUUCAGCCAUGGUUUCGUCCAAGCGGUGAAAUCAUUGAAGUGGCAAAUGCAUUUUGUUUUUAAUUUGCUGUUUUCUUCCAAAUAAUAAAAUGUUGACAACA